UCCCCCAAGUGAAUAGGUAAUUGGCACCCAGGCAGUGUGGUUAAUAGUGGUAGAUUCUAUUCUUUAUUGAUUCCUGCUGAUGCUUUCUUGGACAGAGUUGAUUGAUUUCUGGUCCUUUCCGGUACUAAUUGGGUGAUUGAUGCUCUGUGGGUGAUCGGUGGAUAGUGGUAGUAUACAGUCCAGAGCGAAGAGUUAAUCAUUUUCGGAUGAUUUCUAGCGUCUAAGUGAAUCGUUUUAGUGCAUUUCAGGUCAAGAAUUAUAAAAAAGUAAUCGAACUGUGAACGGAAAGGUGUGAUUUAAAAGUGAUCGAUUAGCAUACGAAUGCAAUAUAUAAUAAUUACGAACGAGUGUUUGAUUCGUGCAAUUUGAAACAGAUACCAUUAGAAAAUACGGUUUUGUGGAACUUAAUUGGUCGAGGUAGUCAGUGAAUAUGAAUUAGCAGCCAGCCGGGCAGUGCAGCGAAGGAUUUAGCGAACGAAUUGAACUUUGGGUUUUUGGUGAAUCCCAGGAGCUAAAUUUGGCUGCAAGCGUACUCUAAGAAGAUGGAACUCAUAUGAAGACCACCCCGGGCCCGCCCCACGUGUCUCGUUCGAGUGUGACUGAUUGAAGCCGUGCAGCAAGUGAACGAGGAUCGCCGCAGUCUGAGAGAGUGGCCUGAACGGGGGAGGCCACACUCAUUGACGCCUGCACGCCGUUGUCACGAUAGCGCCGUACCCCGCGUCCGGCAUCAGCAGCUAUGUACGGACUGCUGCUGGAGAAUCUUUCCGAGUAUAUUAAAAGCGUCUACGGUGAGGAAAAGUGGGAUGACAUCCGCCGACAGACCGGAAUCUCGUCGCCGUCGUUCAGCGUGCACGAUGACUACGACGAAAACCUACUCAACCAACUGGCGGCGAAGGCGCAAGAAAUCCUUGGAAUAUCCGAACGCGAAUUCAUGGACCAGAUGGGGGUCUACUUUGUGAAUUUCGUUAGCCAGUACGGCUACGACCGGGUGCUCUCGGUGUUGGGUCGACACAUGCGUGACUUCCUGAAUGGGUUGGAUAAUUUGCACGAAUAUCUCAAGUUUUCCUACCCAUUGAUGCGUGCCCCGAGCUUCAUCUGCGAGAACGAAACGCGCCAUGGCCUAACGCUGCACUACCGCACCAAGCGCAAGGGCUUCGUCUACUACACAAUGGGACAAAUCAGAGAGGUGGCACGUCAUUUCUACCACAAAGAAAUGCAAAUUGCCCUGGUCAAGUCGGACCUGCUCGGGGAAACUAAUCACUACACGUUCCAGCUGACGUUCGACAACAGGGCCUUCUCGCUGGCCACACUGGCCAUGACGAGGGAGGAGAAACACUUGCCCAUCAGCGCGUCGGUGCUGUUUGAGAUUUUCCCGUUCUGCAUUGUGUUUGGUGCCGACAUGAUCGUCCGCAGUAUAGGCAACUCGCUGAUGGUCAUCGUCCCGGACCUGCUGUCGAAGAAGAUCACCGAUUGGUUCGAGCUGAAACGUCCACUGAUAGCAUUCAAGUUCCAAACGAUUCUCAACCGCACAAACAACAUCUUCGAGCUAGUCACACUGGAAUCGGUCAAGAAGCGACCGGAAAACCAACGAAAGACUGAAAUCUUCCUCAGCGAGCUGGAGCAACAGGAGGAAGUGGAGAAACAUCUACGGCUCAAAGGUCAAAUGAUCUACAUGGAGAACUGGCGGAUGAUCAUGUUCCUGGGAACACCGGUCAUGCCCAAACUGUCCUCGUUGAUCAGCACCGGUCUGUACAUAAACGAUCUGUCGAUGCACGAUUUCAGUAGGGAUCUCAUGCUGGCUGGUACCCAGCAGUCGGUCGAGCUUAAGCUCGCUCUGGACCAGGAGCAGCAGAAGUCGAAAAAGCUGGAGGAAUCGAUGCGCAAACUGGAUGAGGAGAUGCGCCGGACAGACGAACUGCUGUAUCAGAUGAUACCGAAGCAGGUGGCGGACCGGUUGAGACGGGGCGAAAACCCGAUCGAUACCUGUGAAAUGUUCAACAGUGUGUCGAUACUGUUCUCGGACGUGGUCACGUUUACCGAGAUCUGCAGCCGGAUCACACCGAUGGAGGUGGUAUCGAUGCUGAAUGCUAUGUAUUCAAUAUUCGAUAACUUGACGGAGAGGAACAAUGUAUAUAAGGUUGAAACUAUUGGUGAUGCUUAUAUGGUGGUUUCUGGUGCUCCCGAAAAGGAGCAGAACCAUGCGGAAAAAGUUUGUGAUAUGGCCUUGGAUAUGAUCGAGGCAAUAACUGAUCUUAAGGACCCAUCCACCGGAUCCCAUCUGCGGAUACGGGUGGGCGUCCACUCUGGUGCUGUGGUAGCGGGUAUCGUAGGGCUCAAGAUGCCCCGCUACUGUCUCUUUGGUGAUUCUGUAAAUACGGCCUCCCGUAUGGAGUCCACUAGUCAAGCGAUGAAAAUUCACAUAUCACAAUCAACGAGAAAUUUCUUGCCUUCAAACUACCGAGUGUCCGAGCGAGGUGAAAUUGACGUCAAGGGGAAGGGGACGAUGAAGACGUACUGGUUGGACCUCAAGGAUAAUCGACCACCGUUGCAGCUUCUGUCGGAGGAUAUUAGGACGCCUUCGAUCGAGUACAUCGAAUCGAGCAAGGAUCGACGAGUUAGCAUAUCAACCUACAACAUCCAACACAAACAGUCCAGUGGAGGUCUGAGCUCUGCGGGUACGGAAGAUCGGCGGGUCUACUCACCGGUUACCUUCGAGGACGUUGCGAGGCGAAGUACUGCCAACUCUCCGGUUAAGCUGCAUGGCAUCGGUCCACGCGGGCGGGAAAAUCGAUCCAACUCCACCGGGCAUGCUUUCAUGCAAAGUGUUUCGGAUGUGUUCGGAUCACUGGUCAGCGAUACGGAGGAAUUCCUAGAGGAUAUGCAACAUCGCAAUUCUUUCAGCAAUACCAAUUAUACUGCUUCGACACCGUCGUCUUGUGCGUUCAGCCCACCGCCGGCCUUCAGGUCAAAAUCAAAGUCUUACGUGCCGGGACAAUUUUCUCAAGAGGAGCUGGAUCUUCUCUCCGAUACAACCAACCCUCCAUCGGCGCAUAGUUCCAUCGAUCAUCAAGAAACAAUCAAGAAAUCCAGGAAUUUGCUCACCAAAGCGCAAACCGUAUCCGUCGGUGGAUACGAGCAGCAGAAAACCAAAAACCGGAAAGCCAAGUUAGACAGCGUGCAGCAGAAACAGAACGAAGCCCUCCAAAAGCUCGACAAGAUGGUCCAGGAGAUCUACGACACGGAUCUGCCGGGAAUGUGUUUCAUGAAUCCACCUGCCUCCAGGUCGGACGGUAACAUUUGCAAAUCCAACUGUAGUAGGACCAAACAAACUCCUCGCCGUCCACUCCGCCGAGUGCUUCAGCGACAGCAACGGAUUGACCUAUCUUCUAUCGUAUGACCCAAUCUGGCAGCUUUAAAAGAAUGACAUCUUAUUAUUUUCGUAAAUAAACACACCAUCGAGCCAUCAAGUGAACGCACAAAGCAAAGGCACACCUAGUCUGAUUAUAGUUACUGAAUGGGCCAUCACAUCACAGCAUGGACCAACCGAUUCCGGAGCACUCGCUCAGUGUACAGAAAUUAGUCAAUUUGAUUUAUCUUCUGUUUUCGUUUAUCGAUUGUUGUGCUCAUUCAAACACAUUUAUUUGAAAAUAUCCAAGCGUAGUUAAGCAACAUUCUAGGACGAACGUACUUCGCAAAUUCAAGCUUUAAUUAGAAUUAUCAUGAUCACGCAGUGAUGGGAAGCAUGAACCGGACAAUUGUUCAAAGUAAACAGUUUCGAAGUAUAAGACUCCAUCCGGAGUGAUUGUGUGUCCGUAUGUAUGUCUGUUAUUUGGUGUGCAAAACAAAAUGUUUUUAGGAGAUUGUAAGGAAACCCAGAUGGAAGCAAAUUUAUAACCAAAGAGGAAACGCUAGAAGCGUUUUGGCAGUAGUUGGAACCAAAGCAAAUGCAGCAUUUAGGACGUUUGAUUGAGAGCAAACCAUGAUAUGUCCAUGUUAGUCACUAAUCUCAUAAUCUCAGUUCUCUCUAUCUAUAUGCAAUCAGAAACCAUAGGAUAUUAGCUAGCAGUCGAAUCGAGAUAUACCAUCGAAUUUGUGUCGCAAACUACCGUUGUACUAACAAGAAACACGUUUUCACUUGUCAUACUCAAGAGCAACGCACUUGCAAACUCUACAAAAACAAAAACAAAAAAAAUCAGAACUUGUUUAUUCCACUCAAAGCAGUAGGAUGAUUCAUAUCGAUGUUGAUUAUUCAAGAAGUUUUUAUCCACCCGUAGAACGAAUUACAUAACUAACCGAAACGAUCAGGAUUGCAACGGACAAUAAAACCCCCGCAGUUAGUUGAACCAGAAGUCAUCAAAUAUGUACCGCACAGGAGUUUCGUUUUGCCAUUUUCGAUAUUUAAUUAAUACAGAGAGAAGCUUGUUGGCGCACCCGGACAAUAAAACUGGAACCACGAAGGGAACCGCAUCAUGAAAACAAUAAUCAAAGUUCUUCACAAAAUUAGCUUUAUUUCAGUCCUUAAAA